AUGGACGCGUCGAAAUGGAAACUAUUACCACAGGUUUGUUAUUUUAAUUGUUUAUUUAUUAAAAAAAUAUUAUUCCAAUUUGGCAUAAAAAUAGAAAAGUUCAAAUUUGUUAUCAUAAAAAUUAUCGCUAUCAGUUUUAUUUUCAAAAAAACUAUAUUUUAUAAAAGUAAUUCAAUAAGCCGAUCAGAAUUUUACAUAUUUUGAAAAAUCGUGUUGAAAAGUGUUAGUCGAUCAGUUAAUCAAACAAUUGACCCAACUUCUCACAUUUCUAUUAUAUUUUCAAUGUGUGCACACUUUUCAUCACCAACAAAUUUGGUUUAUUUAUUAUAUUUGAUUUUCAAUUUUUUCCGAAGGGAAAGUUAGCUGGAAACUAUAAUAGUGUUCUGUUCUCACUCAUAGUUCAACAAAUCUAUAAUUAUUUUCGCUUUUUUCAUGAUAUUUCGUAUAAUUUUAUUUCUUUUCUUGAAAAUUGUGAUAUAAUGAUUAUUCUCGAGCUUUUAUAUAUAGAAUUGAGGAUUUUAGUUCUCAAAUAUUUUGGAAAACUUAUAAUUUUUCUGUGAAAUUUUUAAAAUCCCAAGCUAUUUUCUCCAUUAUUAUCCCAUAUUUAAGAAAAGUUCUCUAAACUGAAUGAAUCAUAAAAUUCUCUGCAAAAUUUUCGGAAAACUGAAUUUGAGAUACCUGAAAAUUUGCUUGGGAGAAUAAUUCAGAAUUUUUUCAUUCACAAAAACUUCAUUUUCAUUUUGAAACGUGUACCCAAAUUUUGUAGAGCUAUAAUGAAAAUCCAGAAUUUAAAUUGAAAUAUCUGAACCGUUAUAAUUUGUUCUGUUCAUUUUUUUCAAAUAAUUCAUUCAUGCAUUUUAUAUUCUCAUUCGCAGAAACGUUUUUUGCGAAAAUUUUGAAAUCGAAUUAUUUUAGCUUUACUUUUCUUUUAUCAAAAUUCUAAAUUUACCGUUUCUUUUCAUUUUUUCUCAAAAGACAAGGUCAAUCGAUUUUUCCAACCAAUUUUUUUUAUUAACAAAUUAUUUCAUUUCAUUUCAGCUAUACACUUUUGAAUUCAAUUAUUCAUUUGUUUUCAGAAUAAUAUUGAAAAAUUUCUCGGGUUUUUUCGAUAAUUAGUUUUUGAGGACAAUUGUACAGAAUUGAACAAUAUUGUUAGUACAGGUGUAUGUGUCAUUUCAUUUUUUGUUUAGUAUGAAUCACAUACACAUUUUGCUACUUUUUUCUUCCGCCUUUUAAUAAUUUUAUCUGCGCGAAGCGAUCGAGAUAUAAUAAAAUAAAUACAAACUUUUUUUUUUUUGAUUUUUGUCUUCUUCGUUACAUAGUUAGUUGUCAAAAGGAUGCCUUCUUCUCAACCAAAAAAAACUAUCUGCGUCUCUUCAGUUCCCACGGUCUUUUCUCAUGCAUGUUUCUGUGAUUCGCCAACUUUUCUUUUUCACUUUCUCCUUCCUCAUUUUUUAGUGGUUGUUUUCAUAAAGGAGAAUUUUCAUUAUUUUUUCGGAAUUUUUAGUCGAAAAAAUAUUGAAUAAAAGAAAAUUCGAAAAAAUGUGGAUAAAAAUAAUUAUUCGGUUUUUUUCAGAACGAAGUCGAUGCACGUAGCGAAGAUAUAGAAGAAGACGACGAAGAAACUGAUUUUCGUGAGUUUUUUACGGGUCGUUAAACUCAUGAAUAAUGUUGGAAUAUCCCAAAAUGAACCUGUCAGCCGAGAAUUUCUGAAACCGAGAAAUUCGUUCUAAAAAGUUUAAUAAGACCUGAUAAAUAUGAGAAAAAUGGUCUCUAAAGAAAUUUCGGAAAUGUUUGAAAAAGUAGGAAUUUGGCGUGGGAAAAUUAUUUGGAAAUAAAUUUUGUGCCUACACAAAAACUUACUCUAUUGUCAAAUUCAAAGGUCUAUUUGGGCCUUGAAAUUUGUUUCUAAAAAAUAUUUUCAUACGAAUUUUUUUCUUCACAAAUUUCUAGUUUUUGCUUCUAUGAGUUACCAAUAUUUUUCAUAUAUUUAAAUAUUUAUGUGUAAAUAUACAUUUAUUUUAUUUUCUUUCCAACAAGCAAACAAAGUGUUUUGUUCUUCUUUUUUUCCUUCAAAAUCUCAUAUACACUUGAGAAAUAAAUAUAUUACAUUUGAUUUAUUAUUCUUUUUCGGUUUUUUUCUAGAAUGUGCCAUGGUCGAAACUCAAACAACAAUUCCACAAGAACAACCAAUAAAACCGAAAAAAGUUCGAAAAUGGACAGUUCAUCCGGGAAGAAAUAGAUUUUGUUGUCAAGGAAAAUUGGUUUGCUCGAAAAAACAUGGAGCAUUUCUACUAACGGUUUUUAUUAUGUCAACUACUAUGACAUUAUUUUUUGUUUUUGAGUGAGUUUUUUUCAUUAAAAAGUUGUGUGAUCUCAAAAAAAAAUUUGCAGUGCUCCAUUCCUGUGGUCCAAAAAUCCAAGUAUUCCAAUCAUUGCUGCUUUAUUAUCUAUUUUUGUGAUAGCAAAUUUUAUUGUGACAUCAUUUACUGAUCCUGGAAUAUUACCAAGAGCUGGGAAUUUUGAAAUUAUUGAAAUGGAUAAGCAAUUAGCAGCUACUCGUGAGUUAAUUAUAAUUUUAAAAAAUUAAUUCAGAGAAAAAAUGAUAUGUUUUUAAAGAACCUGAACAAGUUGCAAAUCGACCGCGAACCAAAGAAAUUGAAAUAAAUGGUGAAAAAAUGCGUGUGAAAUAUUGUACAAGUUGUCGAAUGUUUCGACCUCCGAGAGCUUCGCAUUGUGCAGUUUGUGAUAAUUGUGUAUUAAUGUUUGAUCAUCAUUGUGAGUUUUUUGAAAUUUAAUUUUUGACGGUACAUAAUUAUCUAUUUAUUCAGGUCCAUGGGUUGGUAAUUGUAUUGGACUUCGGAAUUACGCAUAUUUUUAUCGAUUUGUUGUUUCUUUGUCGAUUUUGAUCGUUUAUUUAUUCACUUCUUCGAUAGUUCAUAUAUGUUUGAGUAAGUUAUUUUUAAAAGAAAAUUGCAAAUUUUAACAAAUAUGAUAAGGUUUUCUCAAAUAUUUUUUUAAAGUUCUGCAAUUUUUGAACUUUGAUACAAAAGCACUCACUAAUUGUAAAAAUUAGGUAUUAUUCAUCAAGAAUAGAACAUUUUCACGUCACAAAAUUAGCCAAAAAUCUGUUUUUUUUUUCAAUUCCCAAAAAUAUAAAUAAAUAUCAAUUUUUAGGUGCAAAUGGUCGUCCAUUCAUGGAAGUAGUUCGUGAUUAUCCAAUGUCAGUCGUAGUUGCAGUUGUGUGUUUUUUCUCAAUUUGGUCACUUAUUGGACUUACAUUUUUCCAUUCAUAUCUUCUUUUUACUAAUCAGACAACAAAUGAGGAUGUAAGUUUUAUUCGUUUUUUGUUUUUUUCAACAAUAUCAUUUUAUUUUAGUUAAAAGGCACAUUCCGAAAGAAAAAUCGAAACGCUGAAAAUUUGGUGAAAAAUCCGUUUUCACGUGGAUAUUUGAAGAAUAUGUGUCAUCGAAUGUUCAAAUCAACAUUUCCAAGUGUUUUGGAUGCAGACGGGUUUGUUAAUGAUAAUAUUACGGUUAUUGUUCCAAAAACAUUCGAAAAACAAACUGGUCAAGAUUCGAAUAUUCAGCAACUUGAUCCAACUUUUGCAUAA